ACACCCAGACAGUUUCUAGCCUUCCUUUGUGACGUACGCACGCACGCACACCCACUCUCACUCUCUCUCUCUCCCACGGACACAAGUUCCCCCAUCUACAGAUUAAAAAUGUACUUAAAAACACUUCUAUGGGCUUGUGUGUGCGUGGAGAUAUUUGGAGAGGAAGCUGGUGGAGGCGCAGGAGGAGGCGCAGGAGGAGGCGCUGAAGGAGGGUGUGAUAACCAAGGCCUUGCAAUGUACAGGCUGGAAUUGAAAACCUCCUGGGGACCUAUUGUGUUUCCUAAGCAGUAUCCUGAAUGGAGGCCGCCCGCCCAGUGGUCCAGAGUCAUUGGUCGAUCCCACAACACGUCAUAUAAGCUGUUCACUAUGGGCCAGGCAGCGACGGAGGGCCUUAAACAGUUUGCUGAGACUGGGGAGAGUGCGUUGAUAGAAGGGGAGGGUCAGGAACGUCUUGGGGUUUUGGACCAGUUUACCGCGCCCCCUGUGCCUAAAGGGGUUGGCGAUACGAGUUCCCAGUUCUUCGUUGACGGUAAUCACUCAAUGGUGUCUCUAAUCUCCCGCGUGGUGCCUUCUCCUGAUUGGUUCAUUGGGCUGGACAGCUUUGACCUUUGCCACGAGGGAAGCUGGAGAGAAUCUGUGGUCAUUGAGGUGGACCCAAUGGACGCAGGCACUGACAAUGGGUUUACCUUCACUUCCCCCAACUGGCCUACCAUUCCCAGCAAGCCCAUCACAAGAAUCACAGCCCAGAACCCAAACCACCCUGCAAAUUCUUUCUUUUAUCCUGACAGGGAGAGACACCCGCCCAUCGCUGCCAUUCGUCUCUUUAAGAUCAAGGAAUACGGCCUGACCAAGAUCUUCACUUCAGCAAGCGCCACACCGGAACACUUUGCAAGGAACCUGGGCAGCCGAAGACGACCCCGCCCGCACCACAGCAGGAAGACAGGAGGGGAGGACGAGACACGGGUGGAAACUGAAGAAAACGGAGGAGGCAACGGCGAAGAAAACGUGGGAGAAAGAGAAAACGGAAUUCUAGCGUCGAGUCAAAUUGGUGGCAGCAGUGGGAUUGGUGCAGGGCAAGGCGAAGAAGGGGAGGGGCAGAGUUCUGGCGUUAAGACACUGAUAAACACGAUUGUUAACAAGUACAAGAAGAAACAUUGGAGGAAUAGGCGAGGGAGGAAGAGUGGGCAGAGGAGGCAAGGAGGAGGAAGAAGAAGAGUUGGAGGUAGACGACGUAUGCGGGCGCCGAGGGACUGCAGAGUGACUGAGUGGGCGGAGUGGUCCUCUUGCAGCAAAACUUGCGGGAUAGGAGAGCAGGUCCGGACAAGGGCGGUACAGCGGCAGUCACGGAGGGGCGGCAGGGCGUGUCCAUCUUUGCAAGAGACGACCUGGUGUGGUUCAUACAGGGAUUGUGAUCUGCCUCACUUCGCCUGGUAGAAGAAGAGGAAGAAGAGGAGGAGGAGGAGGAGGAGGACCCGCCCACCUCCAUAUGUUCUUCCUACUGUUCUCUAUAAUAAUGAAGGGCGUGUGUUAAUUAUUCCUGGUGUUAUCUGUGCCAUGUUUUAUUCAAUUGUUCUAUUUAUUCACUCUACGUUAAAUUGGAGGCGUGAUUGUUGUGGUUGUGGUGGUGGUGGUGGUGGUGGUGGUGGUGGUGGUAUUCUGGUCAAGGGCAACACAAAGGGAGAAAGAUUAAGAAUUCUUUGCUUUAGAGACGUGGGUUGACUAAAUAUAUUACCUAAAAUUUUGAGGAUAAGUGUGUUGAAGCCUCCCUCCUGAAAGAGUUCAAGUCACAGGAAGGGGCAAACACAGAAGCAGGCAGGGAGUUCAGGAGUUUACCAGUGAAAGGGAUGAAUGACUGAGAAUACUGGUUAACUCUUGCAUUAGGGAGGUGGACAGAAUAGUGGUGAAAGACUGAGAAUACUGGUUAACUCUUGCAUUAGGUAGGUGGAUAGAAUAGUGGUGAAAGACUGAGAAUACUGGUUAACUCUUGCAUUAGGGAGGUGGACAGAAUAGUGGUGAAAGACUGAGAAUACUGGUUAACUCUUGCAUUAGACAGAAUAGUGGUGAAAGACUGAGAAUACUGGUUAACUCUUGCAUUAGGGAGGUGGACAGAAUAGUGGUGAAAGACUAAGAAUACUGGUUAACUCUUGUAUUAGGGAGGUGGACAGAAUAGUGGUGAAAGACUGAGAAUACUGGUUAACUCUUGCAUUAGGGAGGUGGACAGAAUAGUGGUGAAAGACUGAGAAUACUAGUUAACUCUUGUAUUAGGGAGGUGGACAGAAUAGUGGUGAAAGACUGAGAAUACUGGUUAACUCUUGCAUUAGGGAGGUGGACAGAAUAGUGGUGAGAGACUGAGAAUACUGGUUAACUCUUGCAUUAGGGAGGUGGACAGUCGAAAGAGCCAGUGAGGAUAAAUUGAAUGAGAAUAAUGAAAACGCACUUUCAAAUUGUGAAAAAGAAAUGCGAUGAACGAAAUACAAUGACUUAAUGAAUACAAUGAAAAAAAUGAAAAAAAAAAACUAUAACUGAAAAAAAAUGACACGAUGAAAAAACAAAUAAUGAUGCACAAUUGAAAGAAAGAAAAAAUACAAUAAAAAUUACAAAGAAGAAAAAUGAAAGAAAAAAAAUACCCUGGAAAUGCAAUGAAAAAUAAAUGAAAAAUAAGAAAUACGACUGGAAAAACACAAUGAACACAAAAAUACGAUGAAAAAUAUACAAGGAAAUAAAAAAAAUAUACGACAAUGAAAAAAUAGUGACGUAAAUAGAUCAGAGAGAGAGAGAGAGAGAGAGAGAGAGAGAGAGAGAGAGAGAGAGAGAGAGAGAGAGAGAGAGAGAGAGAGAGAGACAAA